GGGAGCAGAAUGUUGAGAUGUUUGAACACUAGUGACAUAUAUAUCUACCAUUAUGAAAUUUUUAUUCCUGUAACAGUUUGUUUCAUGUUUUAGAAGUGCCUGUGAUUUCUUUUAUUGUUGAUAAGGAUUAUUUCGUGUCGAUUAAAGGAUAAAGGUGUAAAAUAGUAUUCAAAAUGACCGAUCUUUCAGUUUCAUCUGGUGUUUUUAGAAGCUUACAAACACUGGAUGUGAAAAGAAUUGCCAAUUUUUCAGUUAAAGAAUUAAGACCAGUUUUACCAUGCCUUGUGAGAAUGAGUCUUAUUUCACCAGUGGAUGUAACUAAAAAAUGCACCGAAAACAAAAAAGAAAUUCUUACUGUUCUUUCCGGAAUUGAGAUGGUGAAUUCGAUCGUUGCUCUCCUCUCUAUUGAUUUUCAUGCAUUAGAAAUCGAAGUGAAGAAGGAACAACAAUUGAGGCAAAAGGGAGGUAGUGUACAGUCUGACGGACUUUUGGUUCAGUCAAUUCAAAAUGGUUUAGCAAUGGAAUUUGAAAGAUCUGACCCUACCAGAAGAUUGAGAUUGGUUCUAAGUGAAAUAUUGUACAUUGCUUCUCAGGUCCAGGAAGAACAGCAGCAACAAAGGAACAUUUUGGAUACUUAUGUUAAACAUUCUGACCUGUUUGAGAAUAUUGUGUAUAUUCCUGAAAUCUGUGAUGUCUUGAAUAUUGCUUUAUCAGAACUUCCUGCUUUACUUUCUCCAGUUGAUAUAGCUGAAACACUUCUCCAUAUGAAAUAUGGGCCGGAUAUAAUUUGUUGGAUUGUCGCUAAUUCACCUGACGUAUUUUGGGAAGUUUGUAAAAGCUUGGUUGCCAACUCCGAUAAAAUGGAGGAUGAAAAUAAUGGUGGAAGGAUUCGUAUUGAAGCCCUGACAAAACUGUGUCGAAUGUGCCCUUCCAUGGCUCUAGCAGUCCGUUCAAAAUGUGUGGAAUUGUGUCGAAUGCCUGCUUUAGCCAUCACUUUAACGCUUGACCCUACUAUACCUGUACCUGGUCUUGACAGUUCAAUUCGUGAUGCAGUGGCUUUUGUAUCAAGCCUUCUUCUUGGAAGUGAUCAACAAGUGAGAAAUUGGUUUUCUGGUUUCAUAAGGGGCCGCCAAAAGAGAAAUCGAGAAGCUAAUAGUAGCUUACAAGCUUUAAGAGAUGAACUUUUAAACUAUUUGAAUACCAUUGUCUCAGAAAGUGAAUCUUUAUCUGAAUCAUGUGUUGUCCAAGCUUCUUCAUUGCUACGGCUAUAUUGUGCUCUUCGAGGGAUAGCAGGGAUCAAACUUCAAGAAGAGGAAAUUUCCUUGCUGGUGAAACUGGUUACUUCCCGCCCCCCAGCCACUCCUGCAGGCGUAAGAUUUGUUUCACUCGGCCUUUGCAUGCUGAUUGCUUGCCCUUCAUUAAUUACCAAUCAUGAGGCUAACUGCAUCCAGUGGGUCCAGUGGCUGGCCAGUGAAGAAGCCUACUUGGAAAGUUCCAGUGGUGUUACUUCUUCAUUCGGGGAAAUGCUGUUACUGAUGGCGAUUCAUUUUCAUAGUAAUCAAUUGAGUGCUAUUAUAGAAUUGGUUUGUUCUACUCUGGGAAUGAAAGUUCCAAUUAGACAUAACACCAUGACAAGAAUGAAGCACGUAUUCACCCAUGAUAUCUUCACGGAACAAGUAGUUACUGCUCAUGCUGUUAAAGUUCCAGUCACUUUAAAUUUAAAUGCUAAUAUAAGUGGAUUUUUACCUGUUCAUUGUAUUCACCAGCUGUUGAAAAGUAGGGCUUUUACUAAGUAUAAAGUUCCCAUUAAAGAUUGGAUAUACAGGCAACUUUGCUCGAGUAUACCUCCCCUCCAUCCAGUUCUUCCGGCUUUGGUUGAAGUGUAUGUAAAUUCUAUUCUAAUGCCAGUUGGGAAAUUUUCCAUUGAAAGCACCAAUCAACCAAUAAUGGAAGAUGAAAUUCGAGCUAUAUUUUCUAAUUCUCUUAUAAAAAAGAAUCAUGGAAAUAGAGAUACCAAAAAAUCCCUAACACCACAAUUGCUGAUGCUGUAUUAUCUUCUUCAUUAUGAAGACGUGAGGCUUUCUUCAGCUGCUCAGCCAACCAGACAUCGGGUAAAAGCAUAUUCGCAAGAAUUUCUGUCUGAGUUACCAAUAAAGUAUCUUUUACAACAAGCUCAAAAGGACCAAGCUAGCUAUAGUGGUAUUUUUUCAUCUCUGUUAAGACUACUUGCAACACAUUUUCCACAUCUUUGCUUGGUUGAUGAUUGGAUGGAGCGUCAGUCCCACAGCAUUGGAAUGCUAUAUGCUGGAGGUCCUGAUGAAAAACAUUUAACAUUAACAGAAGAAAACAUUGAGCAUGGUUUAAGUAUGAUGACAGUUUGCCCAUCUCACACUGGCCAAGUUUUAGGAAAUCUACUAGACUUGCCCCCUUCAGACUUGUGGGAAUUCGCUCCAGUAAUUAUGAAACAUUUUAGACAGGCUCUAGAUCAAUCCGUGCCUAGGUAUAUUCAAGAACUAUAUAAACAAGUUUGGUUGAGAUUAAAUUCUGUAUUACCCCGUUGUUUAUGGGUAAUGACUAUUAAUGCACUGCUUCCUGAAUCUCCAUCAAACAUACCUACUACUCCAUUAACUCAAGAAAAUAUUGUGCUGGAUCCUCUCCAGGUUCUACGAUGUGAUCCAAGGAUUUUCAGGUGUGCUCCACUGUUGAGUGUGGUUCUUCGAGUUCUUGAAUCAUGCCUAGCUGCUUCACAGAGUCAGCUAGCCCGUCACAUACUAGACCAUCCUCUGGACAGAGGCCAGCACUGCAGCGAUACUGAUAGAGAAGAAUUGAGAUCUGCUCUUGUCUCAGCACAAGAUAGUUUAGCUGUUCAGAUUCUUUUGGAAGCAUGUCUUUUUUCUAAUGAAGAUAUGGAAGUUCGAGGUCAAAAAUGGGCUCUACGAGAAGUGAGAAGUGUUAUAUGUUCUUAUUUACACCAGCGGUUUAUUGCUGAUCCUUCUCUUGCAAAACUUAUUCAUUUCCAGGGGUACACUCGGGAUCUACUUCCUGUUGCUAUCGCUGGCGUCCCUUCUCUACAUAUUUGUCUGGACUUCAUACCAGAACUUUUAAGUCAGCCUGUGCUUGAAAAACAAGUAUUUGCCAUUGAUUUGGCUUCUUAUUUGGCAUUGCAGUAUUCACUGCCUAAAGCCCUUAGUGUGUCACGAUUAGCCAUUAAUACACUAUCAACACUAUUAACAGUUCUUCCAAAACAGAGCAGAACCGAAUUGUUUUCUAACACAUUGGAAUGCCUUGCUAGAAUUUGUGAAGCCUUCCCGCCUCUGACAGAAGAUGUAGUUUCUCUUUUACUUCAGUUAGGAAGAAUAGCCAGGUCUGAAGCAUCAAUCUCUGGACCUUGGGCCUGGCCAGACGAAGGUUACCAGGCAAAUCCUGGUGAUCUCGUUCCUCUGAGACCAUUCCCACUUGCUAAAAAAGUUGAAGAAAUAUUUGUUCAAAUUAUGAAAAGAGCUAUUCUCAGAACUGAUAUAUAUUAAGAUUUGAAAUGUUAUUUUUGACCGUAGAUUUAUCAAAUCUGUACAGUGUAUAUUUUAAAAAAUGAAUUUUUGUAAAUC